CGUCGCCGGGGCCCGGAGCCGCGGCCGGGGAGGGGCGUGUGCUCUGUGCGCCGCCGAGCCCGGCUGACGUGCCCGCCGGAGCGCGCGUCCGGGAGUGUGUGCGGGUGUGUGCGGGAGUGCGUGCGUACACGCCUUCGGGGGCUGGAGCGACACUGCAGUGGGCUUCGCGCGAGCCUCGGCCUCCCGGCCGCUCAGCCCCCAGCCCCAGCCGCCGGCGCCGCUCUGGGCUCUUUCUCCUCCCGAGCCUUCCUCUCCAUCCUUCCAUCCACCCCUCGCCAAUCUUACUUUUUCUUUGACCCACCCGGCUGCAGCCAGCCACCUUGUCAAGCGGUGCCAACCCCCAAGCGCUCUCCCUACACCAACAUCCUCCUACCUGGCUUUCUGUGGCGUUCCUCCUCCAGCCAGUCCAAGGCUCCCCCAUCCUUGGAAAUUGUUUUGUUGGACUGCUCUACCCAGGCGUGUAUAGCUCGAGGACUUAAUUAUUAUUUUGAUUUUUUUCAUUCCCUCCCCUUCUGGGCAACGGAGCAAUGAAAUUUCCAAUCGAGACGCCAAGAAAGCAGGUGAACUGGGAUCCUAAAGUGGCUGUUCCUGCGGCAGCCCCCCCGGUGUGCCAGCCCAAGAGUGCCACUAACGGGCACCCCCCGGCUCCACGCCUCUCCAUUUCCUCCCGCGCCACGGUGGUAGCCAGAAUGGAAGGUGCCUCCCAGGGGGGCCUGCAGACUGUCAUGAAGUGGAAAACCGUGGUUGCCAUCUUUGUGGUCGUGGUGGUCUACCUCGUCACAGGUGGCCUCGUCUUCCGGGCAUUGGAGCAGCCCUUUGAGAGCAGCCAGAAGAACACCAUUGCCCUGGAGAAGGCGGAAUUCUUGCGGGACCACAUCUGCGUGAGCCCCCAGGAACUGGAGACACUGAUCCAGCAUGCGCUUGAUGCCGACAAUGCAGGAGUCAGUCCAAUAGGAAACUCUUCCAACAGCAGCAGUCACUGGGACCUCGGAAGUGCCUUUUUCUUUGCCGGAACAGUCAUCACCACCAUAGGGUAUGGGAAUAUUGCACCAAGCACUGAAGGAGGCAAAAUCUUUUGUAUUUUAUAUGCCAUCUUUGGGAUUCCACUCUUUGGUUUCUUAUUGGCUGGAAUUGGAGACCAACUUGGAACCAUCUUUGGGAAAAGCAUUGCAAGAGUGGAGAAGGUUUUUCGAAAAAAGCAAGUGAGCCAGACCAAGAUCCGAGUCAUCUCGACCAUCCUGUUCAUUCUGGCUGGCUGCAUCGUGUUUGUGACAAUCCCUGCUGUUAUUUUCAAAUACAUUGAGGGAUGGACAGCUUUGGAGUCUAUUUAUUUUGUGGUAGUCACUUUGACCACAGUGGGUUUUGGUGAUUUUGUAGCAGGAGGAAAUGCCGGCAUUAAUUACCGGGAGUGGUAUAAACCUCUAGUGUGGUUUUGGAUCCUUGUUGGCCUUGCCUACUUUGCAGCUGUCCUCAGUAUGAUUGGAGACUGGCUGCGAGUUCUAUCCAAAAAGACAAAAGAAGAGGUUGGUGAGAUCAAGGCCCACGCGGCAGAGUGGAAGGCCAAUGUGACGGCCGAGUUCCGGGAGACCAGGAGGCGGCUCAGCGUGGAGAUCCACGAUAAGCUGCAGCGGGCGGCCACCAUCCGCAGCAUGGAGCGCCGACGACUGGGCCUGGACCAGAGAGCCCACUCGCUGGACAUGCUGUCCCCCGAGAAGCGUUCCGUCUUCGCUGCGCUGGACACAGGCCGCUUCAAGGCCUCAUCCCAGGAGAGCAUCAACAACCGACCCAACAACCUGCGCCUUAAGGGGUCAGAGCAGCUCAACAAACAUGGGCAGGGCGCCUCCGAGGACAACAUCAUCAACAAGUUUGGGUCCACUUCCAGGCUCACCAAGAGGAAAAACAAAGACCUCAAAAAGAGCCUGCCCGAGGACGUGCAGAAAAUCUACAAGACCUUCCGGAAUUACUCCCUGGAUGAAGAGAAGAAGGAGGAGGAGACUGAAAAGAUGUGUAACUCGGACGACUCCAGCACAGCCAUGCUGACCGAGUGCAUCCAGCAGCAUGCGGAAAUGGAGAACGGAAUGGUCCCCACGGACACCAAAGACAGCGAGCUAGAGAACAACUCAUUACUCGAAGACAGAAACUAAAUGUUAAGGAUGUUGGAUGAGGACUAAGCGUUGUGUGGUCUUUUAUUUUUAUUUUUUAAAUAUUCACACUGAGACAUGUGCCUUAAACAGACUUCUUGUUAGUCCAAAAUUACAUAGCAUUGAAGAAUAUAUUUCACUGUGCCAUAAAUGACUGAAAGCUUGCUCUGCCAAAAUGAAUCAAAGAACAAGAACUUCGUUUCAAACAGCAGCUGCAGGACACGCAGGGAGCAUUCGCACACGUAGCAGGUUGGGGUCGCACACGUGAAGGGGGUUCCCCCAGCGAUGCUGCACCACUGCGCAGUGUCACUGGGCAUGGCAUGCAGACGAGGGCCACUAUCCCUUAGACCAGCCUCUGAAGGGAACAGGUGUGUCGGAGUUUCAUUUCCUGAAGCUGCCGCCACCCGGGAGGCCGGGGGCCUGUUUGCAGGUGAACUGGUCACUGUAACUAGGUUUAGAGCUGACAUUUUGGCAUGUGCUCUGAACUUGAAUUUUGACACACUCUGUUCAGUGCAUAACACUCUUUCUGAGCUCCAAGUGAAUGUUUGUGGGAUCUGAGAGCACCUGGAGUUUUUGUUGGAAGCAGAUCAGAGCACAUAUAUUAAAAGGUGCAAUUUGCUUUUCUCAUUACAAAAGAAACAAUCACAAACACAUCACACUGUGGAUAUCACCUUAACCACUGACAGAAGCCUACUGAGUUGUGUCUUUCUCACAGGGCCAGAGAUUCCAAGGGAACAUGCGAGCGUUGGGGAAAAGCCAACCCUCAAGGGCUUGCAUGGUUAAAGGCCAAUCAUGCAUUUUUAUCAGUGGGUGUGAUGGUGGAAAUAAACUUGAUUCUGAAAGGUCCAUUUCACUUUUCUAUUGAAACUUAAAUUAUAACUCAUUUUGAUAAGAGGGGGAACAAUACCAAAACUAUUGCCUUGCAUGAUGCCAGUGGCUUGCUGUUCUGUCUAGCUGAUUCUAAACUUUUAUAAAAACAGCCAUCCUGCAUUUUUGAGACAUACCAAGAAGGACCAUGGCAUCUUUCCAUCUCAGGGCUUUCCGUCCCUUUGGGUGUCUUGGGUAGAUAUAGUCAUGAGAUCCAAACUUGCUAUUUCCAAACAAAAGCAAAAUUAAUCCCUCAAUCAACUCCUGUAAAAUGGAAAUGUGUUGCUUGUAGCUUAAGUGCCGUUAAUGUCAUUUACAAGACAAUACUUAAAAAAGACAUAUUUAUGAUAUUUUAUUUUGCUUUUAUGUUUGGCUGUUCUUUCCUCACACCUGCUCCUCACUACAGUUGGAACAGUCCUGUGACUGAUUGUUGCAAGGCAAACAAUAACCAACAGGCGAUAAUUAGAAUAUUUGGGGAAGGAAAGAGGGAGAAUGGCUAGUCCUAGGUUUUGAGAGGGGAUUUUCAGUGGACUUCAUCAGAAAAGGAAAAAAGAAUAGCAGGCCAUUAUUCAUGUGUGUUCCUGUUUUUAUCCUAAUUGGCUGGCUAUCACAUUGGUUCAUAGUUAGCGAUUUGGGCCGCACACUUAAACGUUUGCACCUGGCGAUACCAGGGAUUGCUGAUUAUGGUCCUCCCACCUUUUGGGGAUUUCGUGGGAUUUCAUCCACGCAGUGGAUUUACCAAAAGAUCACAAUUCCAGAAACCACCCAGUGCUUUCUGCCUUUCAGGGGAAAAUCAUGCCCACUGCAUCCUUGACCAUUUUGUAUCACAAAGACCUAUCCGUGCUUACUUCCCCCAAAAUAACAGCACUCCAUUGCCUGUCCCCAAGUCUUUAGGCUCAAGUUAAGAUUCUGCAUUGCUUUAGAGAAAGAUCCAAAUCAGAAUCCCUGUGAUGAGGCCUUUCCUGUCCAGAGUAGGCUUCGGUUUACUCCGUCACCCGGCUUGAGCUAUGGCUCACUGGUGACAUCCAGUGUUCACAUAACAGACACUGGGAACUGAUGUAUAUGCAGGCAUGGACAGUGGUUUUUACUAUGGGUAUCAUUCCAGCUUGACCCAAAGAUUUUAAGGAACUGGUAGAUAAGUGAUAUUUUCCUGAUUAAACUUUUGGAUCGCAUUCAUUUAGGUUUCCACCCUAUGGUACAUUGGUACCUCUUUAUCGUAAUGUGUUAAAAUUGCAGGCCGUACAGCUGGAUCUGGCAAAAAAGGUUCCCUGGUAUUUAUCCAGUGCUUUCUGUCAAUGAGGCAUUGGAUUAGGCACCUUAUAGGUGUCUGCUCACUGAAUGCUCACAACACUACUGGGGAAAUAUUUGCAAAUCUAUUAUGUAGAUGAUAACACUGAGGCUCAGGGAAGCUGAGUCACUUAUCUAAUGGCACACAGCAAGAAAGUAUUAGAGCUGGUAUUCAAAGUAUGACCAAAGUCUGCUUUCAACUUUGUUACAGCGUCUGUGUCGUGCACCCUUGUGAGUGUGUGAGUGCAUGUGUAUGUGUGCACAAGUGUCUUUCGAGCUUCAUAGACACCGUUUACAGAGGGGAUGGAGAAGACAUGGAAGAAUCUUUACAGCGGGCAGGAGGUCUUUGUGUAAACAUAGCUUAAAGACCUCUACUGUGCAUGGUUUUAGUUUUGUUUUGGGGAAUGCUGCAUAUGGCACUUUUUUUGUAUAAUCAAGAAAACACCCUUUGAGAGCACUCUUUUGCACUUUACUUGCUUACCUUGCAGGAAUUUCACAUUCAGCAGGACUAAAACAGUUCAGAGAGCACUGAGCUGGAUAUUCUACCAAAUGGAACAGGUGCAUGUGUUGGUAUGUGCAUAGAAGCUUCCCCAAAGAGUCAAAUUACAGUAAUACAGAGUCGAGAAUAGCCUUGGGUUGGGAGUGCAGAAAUCUUUGAUACAACCUCUUCCCUGAGCACAAUGGAAAAAACUGAGGAGGAACAGCAGAUUGGAUUCCUUUUCAUGUGUACAAAUUAAUAUUUGAGGGUUCAGCUGUUUUGAUUACUUGAAUGCUACUUUUUAAAAGACGGGGCCAAAUAGCUUGCAGAACAUACAUGGUAAGGCAAAGUUGCUGCAUAUUCUACAUGCAUUGUACAAUCCUCCCCGCACACUCUGCAUUCCCGCCCAACUGAAAAUCUGGAAUGAACAUUGUGGUGUUGCACACAGAAAGAGCACACCUUCAGUGUCUUCUGUGAGUGGCGUCCUUUGUUUUAUCCUGUGGUUGGAUGCAGAAUUUUAUUUUCAAAGUAUAUCUGGAGGUUUACUAGUGAGAGCCAAGGGACAGUUUGGAGAAAUAAAUACAGCUCAUUGCCCAAACCUAAUCCAGUAUCCAACAGUGAUUCCAGAGAGCAUAUUUUGAGCAGAGUUGUAUAGUGUGUGUGUGUGUGUGUGUAUGUGUGUGUGUACAUGCAUGUGUGGGGUAUCCUGUAGUGAUUCCAUCAAUCCAUCAUAUUUUGAGUAGCGCUGUAUAGUGUGUGUGUGUGUGUGUGUGUGUGUGUGGCCUCUAUAGCAUAUGAUUGAGGUAACUGGGGCUACUGUCUGCUUUCCUAGCCACAGCCUGUGGUUGUGGUUGUGGGCACAUUAGUUCCUUGUACCUCAUGUGCACAUUAAGGGAGUUGAGCACAGAUAAUCAUCAAGGGUCCUUUUAGUUCUGCAGUCCUCUGGUGAAGCAUUACCCAGCCCAUGAGCUAAUUACAUUUAUUAAGAAAUUUAUAAGUUGGAUGUGUGCAUACUGAUUAAUGAUCCUACCCAUUUUAGGGUGAGAGGUUGGUUUCCUUUGUUUUCUGGGUGGUUAAUGGAGACCAGAGGUAUUUGGGAGACUAGCUUCCUAAUUAGGAUCAUGCCUAGUGUAGGCUGUCUCUUAGAUUCUCCCUUAUAACUCUUGGCACUCUGUCACCUGGAGGCUUGUGUUAUGUGGGCAUUUUGCAUUUUUUUGCAUGGUAUUAACACAAGUUAAAGAAUUUUAGGCAAUUGCUAUUUACAGUCAGUUGUACUACAAGUUCCCUUUGAUUACUUUAUGAAUUUAUGCAUCUCCUGCUCUUCCUCUCAUAUUCACACACCCGCAGGAAAUGACUGCUCUGGGUUCUAUGGAGACCAUUUCAUGUUGAAAGCCCUGGUGUGCUAAUCUUUGGCUACUGCCCCCUUGCCUCCCUCUCAAGAUGAUUUCACUUCCUAGUUAAGUCAGGGCUGCACAUCUAUUUGUAUGCUUGAUUUGGGGGAUUAGUGAGAAUAUGGCAAGGAUUUAAGAAGGGCAGGUUUUGACUCAGUAGACUGCAAAGGAAUGUGAACCAUCCGAUGUGUACCAUGGUUUCUGAGCCACAGGAAAACAAACAAGCCUGUAGAGAGCCUCUUUAAAGGAACAACAAAAGAACAUGCUGGUAUUAUGUUUCGUCUCUACUUUCUGCAUCCUAAUAAUGUUCCAGGUGGAGAUAAUUCUUCCUCACUGUUAUGAUGUGGUUGUGUGCAAAUACAGUAGCUGAAAGAGUGGAGGAAGCUUCUAGUGAUACAGUGUAGAUGUGAGUUAGUAAUGACUUUAAAAUGGGAAAAUGUAACUCUAAAACAAGCUAACUUUAAUUUGGUAUCGUGCUCUGUUAAUUCUACAUAUAGGAACUAAAAUAGCACACUAGUCCCAUGGACCUUACAUAAAGCCCUGCACUCUGUCUUUGUGUGGACUUCACCCACCCACUCAUGCUCCUUGUAAACCGUGGCCCUCCCACAGUGGUCUGUGGGUCUCAUCACAUCAACAUAGUGGCAAUGAGGAGACAUAGGUGAUGUCUCUGAUUUUACUGAAAGUAGUGCCUGAGACUAGGAAUAUCCUCUGCGUUCUUUUUUCUUAAGUAAAAGAAAUCUCAAAACAGUUCCCUGGGCAUUAACAAUUCCUUGAGUGGACACCUGCCCCAACUACAUAGCAGACCUGUACUGCGGAGGGUAACUUCACAUCUGUUUCUUGAAUGGAUAGCUGCAGUGGUGCCUAGAAGUGAUAUGCAAACCACCCCACAUGCCAGUUUCCAGCCCGAUCCCCAUCCCAGAUUUGCAGGCAGUGGACCCCAUGAUGAUGAUGAUAAACCCAUUUGUGGAGGUGUUUUACCUAUUUUUCUCUUUGUAGGAUUUCAUGGUGCUUUAAUAAAAGGCAUUUUACAGAUACUACUGUGUGUGGGGGGAUUUCGUAAUGUUCUUAGGAAAAGUACAAAAGCAAAUUUGCUUGUAACAUUUCAAUAUGCUGUGCUGCUAUUGUCUUUAUUUGAUGAUGUAAUUUUUUUUGAUGAUGGAAAAAUUGCAACAAAGACCUUCUGGAAGACCCAA